GGUUUUCGGUCAGUCUCGAAAGCUCCGUUGAAGCGACCAAACGCCUCCGCUCUUCCGCUCUUCAGCAGCCAAAAUCCAAAUGAAAACUGCAAACAGAUCUGCGCUUUUGCUCUGGUGUCUGGUGGCAUGCCGCUUGUGUGGCAGUGGCACCGAGGCCAGAACGCGGCCCUGCAUCGAUGAUCGCAUUGUGUUUCCGCGUGACAACGACGAAUCCGCAGCCAGCAAGGUGCCGGCAUGGAUAGUGACAACAGCAGCCACAGCCGCCAUAGCGACACCUAACGCUGACACCACAGAGCAGACCACGGAUCGAUCCGAAGACGCCCUCAAUGGCACUGCGACAACCACUGUCCCCACCAUAGUCAAUCGGAUACUGGUGGAGACGCUGCCGCGCUGUAAAUCGGGCUUUGAGCUGCGUGCGAAUCGCUGUCGAAAGUCGGCUUAAGCCAGGCGGGAGGGACUCUAUCUAUGGUGUCGUAUCGUCUCGUCUCGUCUCGUCUCCCAUUGUGUAGUCUCUACGAUUCGAUGUUAGUCAAUAAAGUGAUAUAUGAAUAGCCC